AUGGAAGAUGUCGCACCGCUUGUGUUCGAUUUCUUCAUGGAACGGCACAUUGUUCUCAAAGAAGAGUGGCUUUCAGAUGUGCUAACGUUCUUGGCAUCAUUCUUCGAAAGGAAAACUAAAGAUGUUCUCGAUGACCCACUGCGAAUCGCCAGCUUGGUAUUUGAACAGUGGAAGUAUGCGGAUCUUGAAGACUCUACUUAUCCACUGUUGGGGCAACUUUCGAUAAACCGGGAUACUAGGAAAACACUCAUCAAUCAGCCUUUAAUUCUUCAGGUGCGUCCAUCCCUGUGUGUUUAA